AUGACACCUUCGCAGCCCAGCCCAAUGGAAUCUGACGACUUCAUUCUCGUCGAUCGGCCGUCGAAAGAGGCACCGGAGGACGUGACGGGUGGCGACACAUUUUCUAUCCCUGCUUCAUCGACGACUCACAUCGCCGUGGCCGCGUCCAAUCUUGGCGGGAGCGAGGAUAGGGCAGACCACAACUACGGCACGCCUGAGGUCGCCAUGACUGCCAGUCAGGAUGGGGCAGCUCCAGAGCACCUGGCGGCCGAUCAGCCAGGCAUCCUUACAACUUUUCUUUCCAGCUCGCCUUCACCGCCACCGCUCCAUGUGGCCGAGCUCACCGAGCAGUCUCAUCUCGGAGACUCUCUCAUGAUCGUCGGAGAGCCGUCGCUGUCCGAGACCACACACCACCUCUCAGCACAGUACAGUGGCCCCACCAAAGCCACCAAUCUGCCUACGCUCCCCGUGCGCAUGUACCAGGGGGUUCGCUCUACCAUUGCCGAUUUCAUCGAGGCGGCUCGCUCCCGCGGCUAUCCCUACGAUCCGUCCUACCUCGGCACGUCUUCCACUGUGGUCUACGACAACAUAACAACGUAUGGCAGAGGCCACCCUCUCCUUGCAGAAUCCGACAAUAUCCCCGGUGUACCGGGAAGACGAGACGGACUCGACAGGGCUAUCUUAUGUCUCCAACAAGAAGACGGCAAAUACACCUAUGCACCAAUUAUCGACGAGCUGGUGGUGUGCGCCAUGAACACCUCCGAGGACAAGGAAUAUCUACCGCCAACGGAGAUACCUGAGCUUUUCGAACUCGCCUUCCACUUCCGAGCACGGAAAUACACCUUCCACACGGAAUAUGUGGAGGAUAAGUGGCCCGCUCAGACCGUCAGUUUCACGCCCUCUUCCAAUGUCGCCGGCUCGCGGGCGCAAGGCACAGGUACGAGCCACCCUGGAGCCACAGCCUCAGACGGGCUGCAGAGUAUGCUACCGGGGACAGUCAGCAUGGGAUUCAGCGAGUUUGAAAGCAAGACGAGCAAGGCAUGGGCAGAUGAAUGCACCCUCAAGGACGACCCGACUGACGUGCACAUUGCAGUCAGGAGGCGUAUCAUACAGAUCAACCACAACGACCUGGUGCGUCAAGCGGCCAAAUGCGCUGCGAGCGCCAUCACAACAAUCGCGGCUGCUCGCCUCGGCUCUUCCUCCGACGCAGAUGCUCCGCUGAGUGUCGCUUCCAUCCGACCGUUUGACGGCGGAUAUUAUGAGCGGUUGGGUUACACUCAGACGGAAGAGACGCGUCUCGCAGACAAAACCCUAUUUGCGAGUCAGUGUUUGGCGGCGAUGAACUUGACAAGGACGGGGCAGCAACAGCGGGAUGACACGGGACGGAUGGCAAUCUUCGAGGCGAUGAUGGAGAGGAUAGGGCUUGAGGACUCCGGGCUGGAAAAGCAGGCAAAGGAGACGGCUGUCCGCGAGCCCGACAGGUACGCAGGCCUCGGUGAAUUAUUAGCUUAG